AAUAACCUUAACUUCCCUGUUAACUUUCGACUUUCGAUUCGGGAUUUUUUUCGGAAGACAUACAUAAAAUGACAACUAUAAGUGUAAGAAAUAUCCUACUAUUAGUUGGUAUUAUUUUCUGUAUUCAAAUUCAAACAGCGUCAGCACAAUGCUCUCUUCAGACGUUGUGUAUAGAAAUGAAAAUAGUGGUGAUUGGUUGUGGUACUGUUGCUGUUGCUGCUAUCAUAGGCUUUGUUGUUCUUGCAUGUAGAGGAUCCAAUCGAAGAGAAACUCCGAAGAAGCAACAACCAAACGUUAGAAAGUCCAAAAUAAAAAGCGUUGUUGUCUACGAUGAAAUUGAUGAACCAACAGUUAACGAAAAACAAAAGAACAAGGAAGAUAACAGGUAUAGAUAUGAAGAAGUAGUUAUCAAAAGAAAUAGUGGCUUGAACUAUGAUGACCUCGUGCAUAGACGACGUAAAUCUAAAAUUCCAACACCAAAAGGGCUUUUCAAGAAAAAACGAAGGGUGCAAGUCUUGAAGUCGGUAGUAACAGCCAAAGAAAAUGUUUACUCUGUAAAUAUUCUUGAGAAUGAACACGACAACGAAACAACAUCAGACAACAGAGAUGACGAAAAACAAGUUGUCAUUGAGCUAGAACAGUUUGAUGCAAAAAAUAAAACACGAGACACCAUUAUUAGUGAAACAAAUACCCAAUGUUCUUUCGUAGAAAAUGAUCCAAGUGAUAAUGCCGUACAACCGAAUGGAGAUUGUUCAAUAAGCAGCGAAAUUGCAAGCACAGAGACAUCGAGUUUAGAUUCUUUAAAAAUGCAAAAGCAGGAAAAUAAAUUUGAUAAAAUUGCAGACGAGAGUUAUAAGCUUAAUGGAAAUCAAAAUGGUAAAAAUGACAGUUGCGAAACUGAUGAAUUGAAUGAGACGGACUCUAAAACAAAUACUGCACUCCGCGAGGAAAGAGAAGUUUUGACAAAUCUAAAAAUUCAUUCAAGCGAAACAUCAAACUAUGACAAUUCUUUUGAAUUCAUGAAAGAUAGAAUUCAUCGGAAGCCGUUAAAAAAGGAUAAGCCUAGUAACAGCACAAAAAAUAAUUUUACUGAUAGUACACAUAAUCAGAGGAAAGCAUUCACACAACAGGACAAUGAAAAUGAAAAGAUCACUGAUAAGAAAAAAGACAUCAUUGACCAAGUAGACGACCGAAUAGAGUAUGUAAAUCUCAAGCUGAAAUAAUAACAAUCCAGACCUCUAGAAUAGUAUAGUUUUACCAAAACUAUGACAUAGUAAUAAGUUGUGAUCAAUGAAUUUAAUGCAGUCUUAUUUUACCGUUUCCUCAAUAUACUAACUUACUAUCGCAGCAACCAGCACGUACAAGACCAGAAGUAUGGAGGAGUAUACACAACAUCAUUGUCGUUUAAAUAUUAGACAGUCAUUUAAGUCAUCAUACGUCAUUUUAGUUUAUAUAUUCCAUUAUAGACAACAUUGCAUUCAAUACUGACAUUUUAAAAGCUAUUUUCCUUCUUUACUAUUUGAUUAAAUGCUUGAUGACCAGUUCACCAAAGAGGCUAAGCGUUUUCCAUGCCAUUAUGAAAACAUCUCGUGUAAACACCGUAUUAGUCUCUUGAAAUUCACAAAACAUAUUACUUAAGGAACGUAAAAAUUUAACAAGGUAAAACAAUAAGAUAUAGUUUGAUAUAUAUUCCUCGUAAAAAUUUAGGUUACUGGGAGUGGUCAUUAGAAACCUUUAUGAGAUAUUCAAUUACUCUGUUCAAUAUAGAUUUAUGAACGAAGUGAUAGUUUCCCUUGUAAGUGUAUGUGCCAGUAGAAGAAUGCAAACAUUUUACUGCUUUCUUAGAAUAUGUUUUCAAUUUGGCAAACAAUACGUUUAUAUGCAAAACAUGUUAGCAAACCAACUGAAAUAAACUACAAUUCAUCAAGGAACAAGGUAUAGAAGUAUGUCCAGUGGUGGAAAUAGUUUUAGAACAAAUAUAAUGCAGGAUAUGCAGGAUAUCUUACUAGAGAGAAUAAAUUGAAGAUCAAUACAGAAA